AUGCUCAUUCCUAGGAGUGUGAGGGGUGAUGAGCAGAGUACAGAGGACAUUUCUACAGAUAACCGCCCAGAUGACUGUUCCAGGAACUUAGAGAAGCAUCUGGUAUCUUUGGAUUUUGAAGUAGAUGACUGUGGUAUCACACGAGAUACAGUUGAAGAGCAUGCCAAUAUCCAAGAUAUAACUUCAUCCAAUCACAGCAACAAUGCAUCAUUCGAUUCUUUUAAACAGGUCCGAUCUUCUGAUUCAUCACAGACUGUAACACAGAAUAAAAUUCACAGAAGAGGUGCUAAACAUCCAACAGCACACAUAGAAGAAAAGCCAUUUUCAUGUUCAGAAUGUGGUAAAAGUUUCAACCAUAAAUCACCUCUUGUUAUACAUGAGAGAACUCACACAGGGGAGAAGCCAUUUUCAUGUUCAGAAUGUGGGAAAUGUUUUACCAAUAAUUCAGCUCUUGUUACACAUCAGAGAAUUCACAGAGGAGAGAAGCCAUUUUCAUGUUCAGAAUGUGGAAAAUGUUUUAAGCGGUUAUCGGCUCUAGUUGUACAUCAGAGAAAUCACACCGGGGAGAAGCCAUUUUCAUGUUCAGAAUGUGGGAAAUGUUUUAACAAUAAUUCACAUCUUGUUGUACAUCAGAGAACUCACACCAGGGAGAAGCCAUUUUCAUGUUCAGAAUGUGGAAAAUGUUUUACGCUAAAAUCGGCUCUUGUUGUACAUCAGAGAAUUCACACCGGGGAGAAGCCAUUUUCAUGUUCAGAAUGUGGGAAAUGUUUUAACAAUAAUUCACAUCUUGUUGUACAUCAGAGAACUCACACCAGGGAGAAGCCAUUUUCAUGUUCAGAAUGUGGAAAAUGUUUUAGGCAGAAAUCAUCUCUUGUUGUACAUCAGAGAACUCACACAGGAGAGAAUCUAUUUUCAUGCUCAGAAUGUGGAAAAUGUUUUGCGUAUAAACAAGCUCUUGUUACGCAUCAGAGAAUUCACACAGGAGAGAAGCCAUAUCCAUGUUCAGAAUGCGGUGAAUGUUUUAAGCAGCUAUCAGCUCUUGUUUUCCAUCAUAGAGUUCACACAGGGGAGAAGCCAUUUUCAUGCUCAGAAUGUGGAAAAUGUUUUAAGCAGAAAUCAGAUCUUGUUAUACAUCAUAGAAAUCACACCGGGGAGAAGCCAUUUUCAUGCUCAGAAUGUGGAAAAUGUUUUAAGCAGAAAUCAACUCUUGUUACACAUCAAAAAACUCACAGAGCAGACAGGCCAUUUUCAUGCUCAGAAUGUGGAAUUUUUUUUAAUCAGCAAUCAGCUCUUGUUACACAUGAAGAAACUCACAGAGAAAAGCCAUCUCCAUGCUUAGCCCUUUAGUGACCUCCCUUAUGUGUUGUUUUUUAAAAUUCUUUUUAUUGAAACAUUUUCCAUUUUUAAAACAGGGACAAAAAUGAAAAAAGGGGAGGGAAAUGUACCAAGAUUUCUGGAAUUAUACAUUGUUUGAAAUAGUCCAUCUAUAUUAUGAAGCAACUGAUGAAAAAUUGGUUUCUAGCAAUCAUCAUAUUAGAAAAUAUAAUAAUAGUAUGAUAAAGAAAAGACAUGAAAAGGGGAGGGAAAGGGAAGAAAGUGAAGGUUACGUUUGAAGAGCGCCCAAAGUACCUUUUAAAGAGGAGAUUAGGUACCAGGAGGUAUACUGGAAUGGUUUGACUAUCUCUGAGAUUUCAGAGGGGAUGAAAUGUGUGGUCAGAAAAGUCUUCCAUUUUCGGAAGAAUUUAGUAGCGGAGCUCUCUUUGUGCCUUUUUGCCUCGAUCCAAUCAUAUCUGAACAGUAUCUUCAGUUGUGAAAUCACUGUUGAUAUGUCUGGCAUUAAGCUGGAGAUCCAGUGGUGUAAUACUACUCUCUUGGCCAUCAGCAAUAUCGAGUGGAGGAAGAGAGGAACAUUUUGAGGGCGAGUAGCUUGGUGUGUUCGAAGGCAAAUAUAGUGAAACAACAAUGUUUGAGGUUCGAGGGGGAGGUUGAUCGACCAGUAUGUCCUAACAUAUAGUAUCAUA